AUGGAUCUGGAUGAAUUUUCCGACGACGGACUCGACGACCUUCCCGAGAACGCCCUCCGCGAGAUUGAAAACCAGGCCAUCCAGUUCACCCAGGCACAAGCGCAGCUAACGCAGCAGCAACCACGGUCCUCCAUCGAUGCCCGGGCCCAACAAUCCGACUAUGGCUGGGAAGAAGACGACGACCUCGACACAGCCCAGGUCGUCAACGAUGCCGGCGUGCCCGUCGGCCGCCGCCCGGGCCUUCCCCAGGCGGCGCCCGCCGCGCCGAUGCCGGCCGCCAACCCCCCGCGCCGACCCAUCCCGCCGGUCCCGAAUCCGCAAUGGAACCCGACACUUGCGCAAAACGCCCGACCGAGCGCAUCCAUGGCGCAGCCACCACGCGGCGGCGGGGGCGCCGCCGCUGCCGCUGCCUCGCAGCGCUUCCACCCGACGCAGGUCGCCGCCGCCCCGUCCCUGACGCAGACCCAGCCCGGCGACGUGCUCUCGGCGCUGCAGAUCCGGAUCCGCGCGCUCGAGUACGACCUCAACGCCUCGCGCGGCGAGGUGUCCAUUAUCCGCGCCAACGCCGUCAAGGCGCAGCGCGAGUUUGACGCGCAGCUCGGCCGGCUCAAGCGCGCCAACACGGACCAGCUCGACAGGCACAGCCGCGCCGUCGAGGCCGCCGUCGCCGCAGAGCGGUCGGCGCACACGGAGCUGCAGUUCCUCCAGCAGGACUUGAAGGAGGUCAGCGACCGCGCGCGGCGCAAGGACACGGGCGGCCCCGGGCCACCCGCGCCGGGGAGCAUCGCCACCACCCCGAAAAAGGCCGGCGGCAGGAGCUGGGGCCUCGCGGACGGCUUCGACGAGAUGGACGUCGCCGCGAGUCCGAGUAAGGGACGCGGAAGGGGCCGCGCGGCGGGCUCGGUUGCGGCCAAUGUGGGCGAGCGCACGCCGACAAAGGGCAAGCGGAAGAGGCCGGUCAUCGACAGCCCGGUGAUUCCUCUUGAGCUUGAUACGGCAGAUGUCAGCAUGGAUGACAUUAGACCAGAGCUGUCGCAAUCGUCACAGCAUCUGAGUAUAGUCUCGCCUCCCGCUGCACCGUACGAGUUUUUGCAGCUCAUCCUAGACCACGGGAGCUUUCAUCAACAGCCGCCUACCUUUGAUAUCCUCUCUCGCUUUUCCUUCCCGUCCGACACCACCUCGGCCUCGCUCGCCUCCAAGAUCUUUGAGCGCCUGCCGCUCAUGGGCAACCCGCACCGGUCCAUGCAGCUGGCCGUCGACUUUGCCGAGACCGUCAUCUCGCUCUGGGGCCGGUGCUUCGAGGAGCAGUACUGGGCGCCGAUCAAGUACCUGAUGCCGCUCCUGUCCUUUACCUUUCAGCUGCACGUCACAUCGGUGGCGCCGCUCGUGGCGCGCGGUCUGGUGCCCACGGCGCAGUCCACCAUCUGCCUCGUCGCGGACGCGCUGCAGUCCCGCCUGCCCGACGGCGGCUUCUCCAAGCAGCAGGAUUACAAGUACUAUGAGGAGCACAUUGAUACGGCAGAGGCCAUGUCGCUGCUGCACAUGUGCGCGCUUGCUUGCGCGACGUCGCCGGACGAGGGGCCUCAUGGGCCCGAGUAUGGAAUUUCGUCUUUUUGGAAGCUCAUGUCUCUCGACAUGGUCGUCAUCUUGCUGUCGCCAAAGCAGCGAUUCCACGACAUUGUCAACAUGCUGGACCUGUUAUCUACCUCGUCGUUACCAGAGUCAAUAGGUCCGAUAACGGAGGAAAAGGACGCGCAACUUGUCGCUCGCAUCAUCAUUGAGCGCGUCUCUGCAAGGCUCGUCGAGGGCCCGCGAUCACCGCACACGCAAGUCCAAAGAAAGACGGUGCGGGCAACCGCCCUCCGUACGCUCAUUGCUUUCGCGCGGUACCCAUUCGGCGCCUUGCAGCUCGCGAUCCACGACAACGCUCUCCCGCGACUGAUGACGUGCUUGAGCACGUCGAUUGACGAGCUCUACGACCAGCCCAUCUCGUCUGCGCUGCUCCCCGAACCGCCAGCACCCGCCGACGACGGCGUCUACACGGGUUCUCCCGCGGCGGGCAAGAUGGGCGACGCCAGCGCCACGCCCGAGCUGAGCCGCAUCAUCGCGCAGUGCGUGCUGCUCCUCCACGCGCUCGUCACGGAUCCGCACACGGCCGACGCCGCCGACCUGAGCCGCAAGCUCUCCGUCUUUCACGGCGGCAGCCAGCGCCAGCUCCUGGCGCUCGGCCGCUUGACGUUUGCGGAGGAGGACCUCAUCAUGGAAGCCGGCAUCGACAGCGAGAUUGUGGAAGCGGCGCAUGAACUACUGGAGCUCGCCGUGUCGCCUGACGAAGGCGAAGUCGUGAGCGGAGCAUUUGGACCAUGA